UAUUUAAAUAAAAAUAUGCUAUUUUAUUUAUUUAUUUAUUUUAUUUUUGUUAGGAUCCUUAUUAACCACAGAGCAAAUGUAAACUGCAGGACUGUAUAUGGCGAUACGCCGUGCCAUUUAGCAGCCUAUCGAGGACAUAGAGAAAUGGUUAAACUCCUUGUAGAUUGUGGUAAUGCUGAUCUGUCAGUAACUAAUUGUAAAAAUCGAACUUCACUAGAUGAAUCGAUCUGUAGCUCACACGAUGAAAUUUCUCGAUAUAUCCACAAUGCUAUGAGACUAAAAAAUUACCAUCCGAAACGACUUGCUGAACUUCGUAUGACAGAAAUCCCACUAGAUCUUACAGCAAUACCCUCUUCAGAAUUAAACUCAUUUGAGCACGAUGAAAGAUAUCCAUACUCUGAUGAUGAUAAUAAUGAUGAAGAAGGCAACAGAUUUAUUGUUAAAGCUAAUAAUGGCUUAGCAGCUACCACACAUUAUGCAGUACCAUUCCAUUGUGAAACACCAAUCACUAACAGAUUAUCAUCUGAUAUGAUAACUCCAUUUCCAUCUGCUGGACCUAUUAAUAAUUCUAACAUAUAUUAUUCUCCAAACAUUUACCCCUAUAAAAUACCAAAUACUUCAUAUUCAUUGCAACAAAGACCUGUUUUGCAAAUAAAUCAAAGAGACACUGACUCUAUUUCAGAUUCUGAUAUGAACUCUAUGGUAAUGAAUGAUCUUUCAUCAACAAAUACAGCAGCUAACCAUUCACAAUUGUCUUUUCUGAAUAUAUGUUCACGAUACAUAAGUGAUAACAUGUGACAGUUUAGUUUAUUCCUUAGUAGACCUGUAGCAAGGAGGGAGCUGAUAAAAAUUUAAAAAAUACAGUUUGAUUAACAUUAUUGUAAUUCUGUCUUUAUGGAUAUAAUGUCCUAAGAUGUAGGACAAACCUGCUUUUCUCAGUUUAAAGCUGGUGGGAUGUUUCUAGAGAUGCUUAUAUAAGGGCAUGUUAUUGGUUCAUUUAACACAAUCAGUUAAAAAUGUUAGUUUCUGUUUUAGCAGGUGUAUAUUUAGCAAAUUUUCUUUUAACGGAUGUUUUAUAUCUAUCACUUCAUGAUGCAACUCUAGGUAUGAGGACUGGAAUAUGACCCAUAUAACUUUCAAUUGUUGGCAGCCUGCCAAUCUACUUCUCUGCUACGCUACCAUAAGGUGAAAUUGGUACCUUACUUUCCAGUAAGCUAAGGGGUUAAUGUGGUAACAUUGGCUGGCUGCCAACCAUAUCACCAAGACUACAGUCAAUAAGUUUUAGUCUUAGAUUUAAAUAGACAUAAGGCUAUGCUAUUCAUUUUUUUUUUUUUCUUUUUUUUAUGUCCUUAGUCCAAUUGACUAUCAUUUUAAGAGCACAUGAGUGAAUUAAACCUUAGUUUCAAAAAUAAUACAGAAAAUUAAAGAACUGCCUUAUUCUCUACAAUUCUUGAACAUUCUGAAAUGUGUCUUCAUGACUUGUCAGAAAUUUUUCAUCAACAAAUUUUAGUCAAAAGCAAUUUCAGAGCAAUAAAAUGUUUGCUGAUUCUGUUUCUAAAACUCUAUCUGUGAUAAUUUGAUAUUCGCAACAGCAAAUGUGAAAAACAAAUGUUAUGUUUUUAUAUGUAACAUCUUUAUACAACCCAGCUGAAUUAUAUUUCAUACAAAGUGCUCCCUUUGCCCCUGAACAUUGCUGUUUUUUUGCAUCUUCAGGUAUAAACUUUUUUUUUUUUCUAAGUUAGUCCAAGGGAAAAUAUUGUUAUUUUCAUCAUUUUUUAUUUUUUAAUCAUGACAAGAAUUUAAAGAAUCAGAUGCUUGCAGUAUCUAAUUCGUUAUGUUUUGAUGGGUUCAAAUCAUUCUGGAGUUGAUUUUAACUUCCUUUUCUCCAUGGAUAAUAUUUAAAAAAUUUUUAUCAUACCUCCAUACAAGUCCAUUAUUUUUAUCUAGGGGGAAAAACAAAAACGCACAUAAAGAAGUGAGUUAGCUUGUUACUUCAAUGGUUUCUUUAUAGCACAUUGAACUUCAGUGGUGCAAAUAAAUUGAAAUGUUUUCAUGAAGAAUCUGAAGCCAGUCACAGACUCAGUUUUCAAGAAGAUUAUUUUCAAUUUAACCUAUCUCUCUCAUGGAACAAAGACUGCCACACAUUUUCUGUUCAUACUUAGAACUACAUUACUUUCACCAUGCCUUGGGAAGUUCCUUUUUCUCUUCCCAUUCCAAGUGAUGUUUUGUUUUUCUAUCUGUCCAACUGUAAUUUCCAUUAUAAUACGCAACCUUACAUUAUAUCUGUUCAUCAGAUUUCCAUCCAACGACAUAUUCAACCAAAUGAAUUAAAACUUUUUCAUUUUUUUUUUUUUUUUCAUCUAAAAGUGAUUAAAUUCUCUUAAAUAAGUUUCUAAUAUUUUGGCUGAGAAAGAAAAAAAUGAUGACAUGUCUGCAUUUUUUGCUCAAUGAAUGACUUUGGUAAUGUGUGAUCUACCUGCUGAUGUACCUCAAAAUAUGAUGAAAAAUAUUAUAUUGUUUACUUAUUCUUAUAUUUUAUCAGCUAAGAGGCUGCAAAAAUAUACUGGCCAGUUUAUUUAUGUAAUGUAUAUUUAAACACUACGCAAUAUUCAUUCACAAAGUGGUUUCAUUUUUCAGGAACUACAUAUGUUCUGCAUUGACAAAAUAAAAUUUCGAUGAGGUUAAAUCGAAUGUUUUGGUGUCUUAACAUAUAAGCAACAAAGCACAUGUUUUCAGUGCCUUUUUUUUUUUAAUUUAAUACAAAAUCAAAGUGAAAGGUUGCAUUUGCUAAACAUUCUUAGCAACAUGUAAAAUAUUUGUAACUAUUAUGUAAUAUAGUAUCUAACAAAUAUUACAUUGCAUACUUCAAAUGUGUAUCUUUUGUGUUCAUCCACUAAUUUAUUUUUCAAGAAGUCUGUGAUAUAAUUUCAACUGUUUGCAAUGAUACAUUCAUUAAGAAAUUAAUGAGAAAAAUAAAAUAAAUGAAACAUGAA